CUGGCGCGCGUGGAGGCUGCUCCCGGCAUCCCGGGGUUGAGGAACCAUGGCAGGCAGCCCAGGCAGCGAGACCUCUUUGGAGGGGAUAUCACUAGGUUCCUCUGAGGAGGCGGAGCUCCGGAGGGAAGCCAUGCAGCAAGUCCUGGACAACUUGGGGUCUCUCCCCAAUGCCACGGGGGCUGCCGAACUGGAUCUCAUCUUCCUUCGAGGCAUCAUGGAAAGUCCCAUAGUGCGAUCCCUGGCCAAGGCCCAUGAGCGGCUGGAGGAGACCAAGCUGGAAGCCGUGCGUGACAACAACCUGGAGCUCGUGCAGGAGAUCCUGCGGGACCUAGCACAGCUGGCCGAGCGGAGCAGUGCAGCUGCUGAGUUGACCCGCAUCCUCCAGGAACCCCACUUCCAGUCUCUCCUGGAGACGCAUGACUCUGUCGCUUCCAAGACCUAUGAGACUCCGCCCCCCAGCCCCGGCUUGGACCCCACAUUCAGCAGCCAGCCCGUGCCUCCAGAUGCCGUACGCAUGGUGGGCAUCCGCAAGACAGCUGGCGAGCACCUGGGUGUGACGUUCCGUGUCGAGGGCGGUGAGUUGGUGAUCGCACGCAUUCUGCACGGGGGCAUGGUGGCUCAGCAAGGCCUGCUGCACGUAGGCGACAUCAUCAAGGAGGUGAACGGGCAGCCGGUAGGCAGCGACCCCCGCGCGCUGCAGGAGCUGCUACGUAGCGCCAGCGGCAGCGUCAUCCUCAAGAUCCUGCCCAGCUACCAGGAGCCCCAUCUGCCCCGCCAGGUGUUCGUGAAAUGCCACUUCGACUACGACCCGGCCCGAGACAGCCUCAUCCCUUGCAAGGAAGCUGGCCUGCGCUUCUGUGCCGGGGACCUGCUGCAGAUCGUGAACCAGGAUGAUGCCAACUGGUGGCAGGCAUGCCACGUGGAGGGCGGCAGCGCCGGGCUCAUCCCCAGCCAGUUGCUGGAGGAGAAGAGGAAAGCAUUCGUGAAGCGCGACCUGGAGCUGACGCCAACAUCAGGGACCCUAUGCGGUAGCCUUUCUGGAAAAAAAAAGAAGCGCAUGAUGUAUUUGACUACCAAGAAUGCAGAGUUUGACCGCCACGAGCUGCUCAUUUAUGAGGAGGUGGCCCGUAUGCCCCCCUUCCGCCGGAAAACCCUGGUGCUGAUCGGGGCUCAGGGCGUGGGCCGACGCAGCCUGAAGAACAAGCUGAUCAUGUGGGAUCCAGAUCGCUAUGGCACCACGGUGCCCUACACAUCACGGAGGCCCAAGGACUCGGAGCGUGAAGGCCAGGGCUACAGCUUUGUGUCCCGAGGGGAGAUGGAGGCUGACAUCCGGGCCGGGCGCUACCUGGAGCAUGGCGAGUAUGAGGGCAACCUGUAUGGCACACGCAUCGACUCCAUCCGUGGUGUGGUUGCUGCCGGCAAGGUGUGCGUGUUGGAUGUCAACCCCCAGGCUGUGAAGGUGCUGCGGACAGCCGAGUUUGUUCCUUAUGUGGUGUUCAUCGAAGCCCCUGAUUAUGAGACCCUGCGCGCCAUGAACCGGGCUGCACUGGAGAGUGGAGUGUCCACCAAGCAGCUCACGGAAGCCGACCUGAGACGGACAGUGGAGGAGAGCAGCCGCAUCCAGAGGGGCUAUGGGCACUACUUCGACCUCAGCCUGGUCAACAGUAACCUGGAGAGGACCUUCCGAGAGCUGCAGGCCGCCCUGGAGAAGCUGCGGACGGAACCCCAGUGGGUGCCCGUCAGCUGGGUGUACUGAGCCAGUUUCUGGACCUUGCCCACUCCGGGUCAUGACCUGGAGUCUGAGCCCAGCCCCUCUCCCUCCCCUGACUCCCAGCCACCUCCUUCAACCCCACCCCCCCAUCCCUGGCCCCUGGCUUGCCCUGGGAAGCAGCCACCAGCGAACCCUAAGUCUGAUUUCAGCACAGAGGUGUGCACUGCCAGGGCAGUGGGUGUUCGUGGGGAAACUGUGCCCAGGUGCUGCCCACUCUCAAUGUCCACUGGCUGCCAGA